AUGACUCUCGCAACACCAAACUCGCUUUCCCACCGGGAGACCUGGAGUCUCUUGGUCCUGGCCGGUGCCUGCCUUGGCGUUCUGGUCAAGACCUUCGAGGGAGAGGGUGCGCCAUUGGUCCCGGCUGUCGCUUUCAGUGGGAUAGCAUUUUCUGUGACUUUCAGUAUGAUAAGAUGGCUCGGACCUGUCUUUAUUCGAGCAGGCUUGAGUGGGAAGGAUAUGGCCAAACCAACUCGGCCAGUCAUACCGGAAACCAUGGGCGCUGUUUGUGCGGUUGUUUACCUUUUGGUUCUCAUCUUCUUUAUCCCCUUUGCCUUUUAUAAGGACAUCGUCGCGGCUACAUCGGGUGGCGGCAAUCGCGACAUUGUACUUGAGGUUCAUCAUGUAGAGACAGGCCGGACACUGCACAGAUUCCCUCAUGAUCGGCUUGCUUCAUAUCUUUCUGGCGUCCUAUCGCUCCAAUGUAUUGUUAUUCUUGGACUUGGCGAUGAUCUUCUCGACAUUCGAUGGAGACACAAAGUCCUCAUUCCGGCUUUUGGUGCCAUUCCAAUGCUUAUGGUCUACUUUGUAGACUUUGGUGUCACCCAUGUUGUUGUCCCAGUGCCUCUGCAGCCGUAUCUUGGGCCGUUUCUCGAUCUUGGUUUCUUGUACUACGUUUACAUGGGUGCAGUUGCGAUCUUCUGCCCAAAUUCGAUCAAUAUGCUGGCGGGAAUCAACGGCAUUGAGGUAGCCCAGUCGCUUGUGAUUGCGCUCCUACUGAUGCUUAACGACGUGUUGUACCUGAUUACGCCGUUCCGACACCCUGCUACCGACUCUCACCUUUUCUCCCUCUACUUUUUAAUUCCGUUUGUUGGAGUUUCGUUGGCACUUCUCUGUCACAAUUGGUAUCCUUCAAAAGUAUUCGUGGGAGACACAUACUGUUACUUUGCAGGGAUGGUCUUUGUUGUCGUCGGGAUAUUAGGUCAUUUCAGCAAAACUUUGCUGCUCUUAUUCGUCCCACAGAUUUUCAACUUCGUUUACUCGUGCCCACAGGUAUUCCACCUGAUUCCCUGCCCUCGGCAUAGACUCCCGAGGUUCUCUGCAAAGAGUGGGCUUCUGGACGCCUCAGUGACUGAAUGGGAGGUACCCCCUUCAAAGUUGAUUGGAACUGCUCUAGAACUGUUGCACCGACUUCGCCUAGCACGAAUAAAGAAGAACGAUAGCGGUCAGAUAAUCGAAUCGAGCAAUCUGACCAUCCUAAACCUGUGGCUGAUAUGGAUGGGGCCCAUGACGGAAGACCGACUAGCAUUAAGCAUGGUAUUGGUUCAGAUAGUAUGUGGACUUUUCGGUCUGUUCGUGCGUCAUUGCCUCGCCUUGUUGGUGUUUCCAUCGGAUAACAGGACAUUCGGCUUUAUUUUAUAG